UUUUUGGAAAUUUCUGAUCCACAAACACCUUAUCAUAGCAAAAUAUCAAUUUGAGCAAGCUUUUGUGGCGUUAAGUCACACAACUCACUCAUUAAUACAACAAUAAUCCUUGUGUAUGCACUUGAUCAGCAAAAUGCCUCAGGAUCAGACCUUGCAGAAAGCAACCAAGAAAACAAAACAAAAAUCACUGAAUUCUAUUAUUUUGGCCCAUACUGUAUUUCAUUGCUGUAUACCAAAGUGCUGAGUAUCCAAAGUACUGAGUAUCCAAAGAGCUUUCUUGCUUUCCUCCCCAAUGUAUCAUAUAACUACAGAACCAUCCUGUUGAUAUUGGUGGGGGGAAAUAUAAAAGUUCAAAAUUGAAUGAGCCGUACGGAGCUGGUCCAGUGUUGUCAGUGAUCAACAGAUUCCAUAUCUUGUGGCCACAGUCACGUUCCCACACCUUAACUCUUGGCCACAACUUAACUAUCUCAUUCUCACACCUUAAUACAUUUUGGCCACUCAUGGCCAAGCAAUAUGAACUUGUGGCCACACAAUAAUAUUUGCCCCGUAUACUGUGUAUACAACUAUUCAUGAGACAGGAAUGAAACCUUGUGUUAUCUUUGAAAUCAUUUUUUAUUUUGUUUUUUAAUUCAAAGUUGUAAAAAAAAAAAAAAAAAAAAAUAUCAAAAUAAACACUUAUCUCUCAGAUCUCCUGCGCUACUACACCUCCAACUCUACAAAUGAGAUGGUCUCUCUGAAUGACUAUGUGUCCCGCAUGAAGGAAAAUCAGAAGCACAUUAACUACAUCACUGGCGAGACAGAGAACAGGUGGCCAACUCAGCCUUUGUGGAGCGUCUUUGUAAGGCUGGCCUGGAGGUCAUCUCUACAUGAUUGAGCCAAUUGAUGAGUACUGUGUUCAGCAGCUGAAGUAGUACGAUGGAAAUAAUCUUGUGUGUGUAACCAAGGAGGUACUUGAGCUUCCAGAGGAGGAGGGAGAGAAGAAGAAACAAGAAUCCUGAACAAGAAGGUGGAGAAGGUAAAUGUUGCAGUACAUCUGAUAAUAAUACUUAAGGAAUAUUUCAGUGUUUCAGUAUAAGACAUUUCUGACAUCAACCAACAUCUUUUUUCACUCAUACAGGUCAACGUCUCCAACCGCCUGGUGGCUUCCCCCUGCUGCAUUGUGACCAGCACAUACGGCUGGACGGCCAACAUGGAGAGGAUCAUGAAGGCCCAGGCCCUGAGGGACAACUCCACCAUGGGCUACAUGACAGCCAAGAAGCACCUGGAGAUCAACCCAGCACACUCCAUCAUAGAAACCCUCAGAGAAAAAGCAGAGGCUGACAAAAACGACAAAGCAGUGAAGGACCUGGUGAUCCUGCUGUUCGAGACCGCCCUGCUCUCCUCUGGCUUCACGCUGGAGGACCCACAGACACACGCAAACCGCAUCUACAGGAUGAUCAAACUGGGUCUGGGUAUUGUUGACGACGGCUCCCCUGAGGAUGACAUUCUUCUGCCCAGCGAGGAAGACAUGCCAGUUCUUGAGGGUGAUGAUGAUGACACUUCAAGAAUGGAGGAAAUUGACUAAGAUUUAAUGUAUCGUUUUAUGUUUGAUGUUAUAAUACAUGUAUAUGAUUUAAUGCAGUGACGUGCGGUGAGGUU